AUGACAGUCACCAAAACAAGAUUUUUUCUUCCAGUACGUGGUAAAAACGAAAAUGAUACCAAUAAAGAACUGCCGUCGUCUCUUAUGAGUAAAGAAGAGAGUCUCUUUGUGUCAGAUGGCGAAGAAGCUGAAUCUGAAGCUGAACCUAAAGAGGAGAGGAAUAGUCAAUUGAAUAAAGACACGUCUGACACGUCUGACACGUCUGACACGUCUCAUGUCCGAACUUUUCACACCACCAAGGCAACAAUUUCCAUUAGCCAAUUUGAAAAAGCACUCAAAACAGAAGUAGGAGAUAUCGCACCAGUAAUUCUCAAAUAUCUAUACAACAAGUAUUGCACUGAAAAGAGAUGCGUAAAAGCUGCCGUGAAGGAACUAUUCACAAACCCACCUGAUAUUGAUCAGUUACAACACAAUGUCGACAAUAGUGAAAAUGAUAGUGUUGUUUCAGCUCCACUUAUCACCACCAGCAUUGCAUCCACACUUUCCAAUAUCAUCGAAUCACUGACCCUUCUGCCUACUUUUGGUAAAAAACUGAACGAAAGUAAACUUUUGAAUCUAAAACUGGACCCGGACCUGGACCUGGACCUGGACCUACAACUGCAUAUUUCAUCUACUACCAGUCAAUCACUUGAACCAACUAGUCAAACUAGAACAUCUUCCAAGAGGAAAAAUCAAGAUGACUUGGAGGAAUUGAAUAUGCUCCACAAGCGCAUGCAAGCAGCUGCUAACUUGAGGCGAGAAGAGAUUGAACAAAACUCAUGGCGCAAACACAUUGGCACAUUAGAAGUACAAGCGUGGGCUACACGUCCCACUAUGAAACCGUUGCAAUUUCAAGACCAGCUUUUGGUGAAAAGACUAAUUCCGAAAAACUCAACCAUGCAAAAAAGUUCGAUAAUCAGGUUGUGCCUCAAUGAAAGAGAAAUUGGAAGAAUCCCAGAGGAUUUGACAAGAAUCUUUAGUCCAUUGAUGGAUUUGAACAUAGCUCAUUUUGAUGCAUCUGUCUUGGAGGCAACGAAGAGGAGGUUGUCUACUGGUGAUUCCUUUUUUGUUCAAAUAGAGGUUUACCUCAGGGAUACUGCAUUUGUGAAAAAUAUUGAAUCUAUAGAACAAACUCCAGUGAAAAAAAAUACUAAUUUUAAUUUUGCUUCUGAAAGCGAAGGCGAAGCAGCAAUGCGAUUGCGACAGUUUGCAGUAUCCAACUUAUUUGACAAACUCAAAUUAAGACCAUUGAGGUUGAAUAGUGAGAGCAAAAGCGAGGAUUCAUUGUUAUCUCAAGCGGCCGCUACAGGUGCCGUUGUUGAUAAUAACAAUAAUAAUAUCAAUACUACUACUACUAAUGAUGAUGAUGAUAAUGGUGGUGGUGGUGGUGGUGGUUUUGAUACUGAAGUCGAGGAGCCAGUGGAUGAAGUUAACCUUGAUCAAUUAAGACAAUUUUAUCAGGCAAAUAAUCAAUCCAAAUUAUUGGAAAGUUUACCUGAAACGACAGAACCACCAAAGGAGAAUUUCAGGUUAGGGUUGAGAGAGUACCAGAAGCACGGAUUGUCUUGGAUGUUGGCAAGGGAAAAAGAAAUUGACAUUUUGGAACAAUGCGCCGGAGGAGAGAAUGCCUUGUCACUAGAGUCGCGGAAAUAUAUAGAGGAUUCAGGGACUAAGAACCCCCUUUGGAGGAAAUUCAAGUGGCCCAAUGCUCAAGUUAGUCUGCAGGAUAUUCAACCAACACAAUAUGCAACACAAGGGCAACGCGAUGCUUGCUUUUAUGCAAAUUUGUACAAUGGGGAAUUAUCUCUUGAGAGACCCAUGAUAAAGACUAGUUUGAAAGGUGGUAUUUUGGCAGAUGAAAUGGGGCUAGGCAAGACCAUUGCCACUUUGGCAUUGGUAAAUUCGGUACCUAAAGAUACUGAGUAUGUUGGUUCUCCAAACUUUAAAAACAAUAGAUACGCUUUUCAAACCACCUUAAUUGUUGUGCCAAUGUCCUUGCUUGCGCAAUGGAAAGAGGAGUUUGAAAAAGCCAACAACAAUUCUAAUCACACUUGUUAUUUAUACUAUGGAGAUGACACUGCAGUUGAUUUGGCACCGAUGCUAUGCAACUUGCGAGAGAAUUCUUCAUCCAAGACUCCUAUUGUAGUGAUUACAACUUAUGGAACAGUGUUAAAUGAAUUUACCAGAAUAUCCAAGAAUCGAAAUUUUCAUGGUGAAUUGCCAAAGAUUGGCUUAUAUUCAGUUAAGUUUUUUAGAAUAAUAUUGGAUGAGGGUCACAAUAUUCGAAAUAGAAAUACAAAAACGGCGAAAUCCGUUUAUGAAUUACAACUGACUAGAAAAUGGGUACUCACAGGAACACCAAUUGUGAAUCGACUAGAUGACUUGUAUUCGUUAGUCAAAUUUUUGGAACUCGAUCCAUGGAACAAUUUCUCAUAUUGGAAGACUUUUGUCACCUUACCAUUUGAGCAGAAAAAGAUAUCUCAGACAUUGGAUGUUAUCAAAUCAAUAUUAGAACCAAUUUUUUUGCGUAGGACCAAAAAUCAAAAGAAGAAUGGGAAGCCUUUGGUUGAAUUACCGGAAAAGGAGGUUGUUAUUGAAACAAUAAAGUUCAAUGAACAAGAGGAGAAGCUUUAUCAAUGGUUCAAGACAAGAGCAUAUGAGUCAUUUGCUGAGGGUGUCAAGUCCGGCCAAUUGUUGCGCCAGUAUACGCAGAUAUUGACGCACAUUUUGCGAUUAAGACAGGUUUGUUGUCAUGUGGAUCUCAUUGGAGGUGCACACGAAAUGGACGAUGAUGUGAUUGAUUUAGAAGCUGAUGAGGACAUGAAAAGCUUUUUGAAAAGCAUCAAAGAACAGAGUGAAAAAUUCGCCAACAAUACUGAGGUUAAGCAAACUAUUUAUAAACUAUACGAUUGUGUUAAAGAGGAAAAUGAGUGUUCUAUUUGCACCACAUCGCCGAUCCCUUAUAACGAGUUGGCAUUGACCCCGUGUGGUCAUACUUUUUGCAUUGGCUGCAUACUAGAGCAUUUGGAAUUCCAAUCAGACUUGCAUAAGAACAAGCUUUGCCCCAAUUGCAGAGAACCCAUCUCCAAAUACAAACUUUUUAGAUUAAGAAAUCAAAAAACGACAAGUCACGAGAUAAGAUUCCAUACGCAACAAAAAGACUACGAUACCACACAUAACUUUCAAAUUUACUUGUAUGAUCCAAAUAGGUCGAGUUCGAAAAUCCAAGCGCUUAUAAGACAUUUGAAACUGUUGCAGGAACAGUCACCGAAUCUGAAGGUGAUUGUGUUUUCACAGUUUUCAUCGUAUUUGGAUAUCAUGGAAACCGAGUUAAAGCUCACAUCAGAUGAGUUUCAUGUAUACAAAUUUGAUGGGCGAUUGAAUAUGAAUGAUCGGUCGAAGCUUCUUGCUGCAUUUAAUGCACCGGUUACGAGUGGCAAAAUUUCGAUACUUUUGUUGAGUCUCAAAGCCGGAGGAGUCGGAUUGAAUCUCACCACCGCUUCUAGAGCAUUUAUGAUGGACCCGUGGUGGAGUCCUAGCAUUGAAGAUCAAGCUAUUGAUAGAAUCCAUCGUAUUGGACAAAAUGAUACUGUUAAAGUGGUGAGGUUUAUUAUGGAGAAUAGUAUAGAGACAAAAAUGUUGAAAAUUCAGGAAAGGAAAAAACAAAUUGGCGAAGCAGUCGGAGUUGAAGAAGAGGAACGGAGAAAGAGACGUAUUGAAGAGAUUCAAAUAUUGUUUGAAGAGUAA